ACAACACAUUGCCCAGGUGAAGCGACAGUCAAUUCAACUCUUCGCCAACCGCAAUCAUGGGUAUCUCUCGUGACUCCCGUCACAAGCGCAGCGCCUCCGGUGCUAAGCGCGCAUACUACCGCAAGAAGAGAGCUUUCGAGAAGGGUCGCCAACCGGCCAACACCCGUAUCGGAGCCAAGCGAGUCCAUCUCGUCCGCACCCGCGGUGGCAACCGCAAGUUCCGCGCACUCCGUCUCGAUUCCGGCAACUUCUCCUGGGGCAGCGAGGGCAUCGCCCGCAAAGUCCGUGUCAUCGCCGUCGCUUUCCACCCUUCGAACAACGAGUUGGUCCGCACCAACACCCUCACCAAGUCCGCCGUCGUCCAGGUCGAUGCCGCCCCAUUCCGACAGUGGUACGAGGCCCACUACGGCGCCGCCCUUGGCCGCAGACGCCAGCAGAAGGCCGAGGAGGAGGUGAAGAAGAGCAAGUCCGUUGAGAGCAAGCAAAAGGAGCGCCACACCGCACAGGGCAAGGUCGAGUCCGCUCUUGAGCGCCAGUUCGAAGCCGGUCGUCUUUACGCCGUUGUUGCCAGCCGUCCUGGCCAGAGCGGUCGUGUCGAUGGUUACAUCUUGGAGGGUGAGGAGCUUGCCUUCUACCAGCGUGCUAUCAGGAAGUAGAAGUAUCACAGACAAUCUUCUGCUUCGACUGUUCGGCGUUUUGGCAAGGCUGGGUGCUGCAUUUGUUGCAAGGAAUGGGCGAGGACUGCGGCUGCAAGUGGUCCGUUCCUGAGACGGAAGAAGCAGCGCCGUGCACUGGAAGGUUCACUAAAAGUAGAAUACCAUGGCACAAAUGCGGAACUGCAUUCUGAAAAACAAAAUGUUAUGACCAGCGACG